GCCCUCCGCGACUCCAGCCCCCAAAUCCAGCUCUCUGGAUCCCGAAGCAUCCAGGGUUGCUUCUCACCACCUUCCCACUCAGCUCACACUCAAGCAAUCCCCGAUUCCUUUCUUCAUGGCAUCGCUCCUGUGCUGUGGGCCCAAGCUAGCCGCCUGCGGCAUCGUCCUCAGCGCCUGGGGAGUGAUCAUGUUGAUAAUGCUUGGAAUAUUUUUCAAUGUCCAUUCCGCUGUGUUAAUUGAGGACGUUCCCCUCACGGAGAAAGAUUUUGAGAAUGGCCCUCAGAACAUUUACAACCUUUACGAGCAAGUCAGCUACAACUGUUUCAUCGCCGCGGGCCUUUACCUCCUCCUUGGAGGCUUCUCUUUCUGCCAAGUUCGGCUUAACAAGCGCAAGGAAUACAUGGUGCGCUAGAGCUCGGUCGUUUCCCCUCUCCAGACCCCUCUAUUUAAAAACUCCCCACCCCAUUCUGGUGUCCUCUGGGAAACUGGGUCCCCCUGGUGAGAGUCUGUAUCCCCAGUUCUCCAAUCUCUGGCGUCCAGCCCCUUGUCUUGACGCGUAU